AUGUUAAAUCAAAAAUGCUUUAUGGUCAACCUGUUACAAUGCAUGAUUCUCUCAUACUCAAUAUAUCACUAAUUGGAAAGCUCAUGUCUACUCAAUUUGAUACAAUUAAUAAUUAUAACUUCAAUUAGUCUGGCAUUAAUAUUGCUAUAAAAUGUUUUUAACAAGUUAAUGUUACAAGGAACUAUUAUAUGCAUACAAUUAGAUGUGAUAUGUUUAAUAAUAAUGAAUGUACACAAUUUUGGUAGGAUACCCUUUUCAUAAAUCAUAAUUGCUCAAAUCUUAAUAAAAGACCUGUAUUUAGAGUUUAAGUUGCGUUUGCAAUCUCAAUUAUUUGCAUUAUAAGCAAUAAUCUCAAUAUUUUUACUAGUUUACUCAUAUAUGAGGAUUGAAUUUGAUGGAGAAUAGCCACAAUUAUUGAUAUCUUUAAUGAUAUCAAUAUACUUCAACUCUUCAUUGAUGAAGUAAAAACAAUCUCAAAUUACAUCAAUUUUAACUGAAAUUACUAACACUAACAAAUAAGAGAUGUUAAAUUCAAAGAGGGGUGUCUCAUAAUUUGACUUAGAUCAAAACCCCAAUUCUGCAGGGAUACGAGAUACAUCAGCUUUGGCCGAUAAUGUUAUUUCCGAUUCCACUAUUCAGUGUUUAGAAUUAUUAAAAGAAGGAGUAAUUUUACUAAUUCCAGACUCGAAUUCUCCCAAUUUUCCAUAUAUUAUCAAAUAUUUAAACUAGGCAACAAAAACACUAUUCAAUAGAGAGAAUGAACAAGAAGUGCUUCAGUUUAUUGAUAGCUUGAAUACCUUUUAGUUAGUUAACGGAGAAGCAAACGAUGACUUAUUAUUUGUAUCACAGCUUCAAAGAUAACCCUCUUUGUAUCUUUUCAAAUAAACGACUGAAAUCAAAGAUUAAGCUUGUUUACAAUAGAGAAAUCUAGGUUUAGAUGUGUCUUAGGGUUAAGAAAAGAGUCAGAAAUACAAAAUAAAAUAUAUCAUUGAUAUGUUAUUAAAAUAAAAAAAUUAAGAUUGUAUUGUUGUUCAAACAUAGUUAAAUUAAAGAUAAACUGUUUUUACUAAUCAAUAAAUACAAGCAUCACAAACCUAUGUUAAUGCUGAUAAUAAUUAAUUACUUGAACUAACAUUGACUUUAAGUAAAAAUUAAAAUAUCAUCAUUAUCUGUAGAGAUGUAACUCAUAGACAAAAAAUUAGAUACUUAAAAGAAUAUGAUAAACAAAAGUCAAAAAUGCUCUCAUUUGUCAGUCAUGAAUAUCGUUCUCCUUUGAAUUGCAUUAUCUAAAUGCUAGAAUGUGUACUCAAAUAAACCCAAGUUAAAAACAACCCAUACAUAAAUGAAUAAUUACAAAUAGCCUUAGAUAACUCAAACUAUAUUUUAAACUUAUCCAAUGAUCUGCUUGAUUUGGCUUAAAUUAAAAAUGGUAAAUUCAAAGUGGAGAAAGUACCAUUUAAUUUAUCUACUUUAAUUGAAGAAUGCUAAAAAAUGUUUGAAUUAAAAGCUAAGUUGAGAGAGGUUCAAUUGUCUAUCAAUUACAGUUCUAACCUUCCAUAAAUGAUAUUUUAGGAUAGAAAUAGAAUUAGGUAAAUAAUUGUUAAUCUACUGAGCAAUGCUUUUAAAUUUACAUAAAGUGGUAAAAUAAAAAUAAUACUUGAGAUGGCAAAAUCGAAGACUUUGAGAAUUGGAGUAAGAGACGAAGGAAUUGGGAUCUCGGAAGAAGACCAACUGAAAUUAUUUAAGGCAUUCUCCAAAGUUAAUUCUGAAGAAAGUAGAAAACUCAACCAAUAAGGAGUUGGAUUGGGUUUAGUUAUAAGUAAUCAGAUUGCGUAAAAUAUUGGAUCUGCUGGACUAAAUAUAGAUUCAAAAAACGAAUAGAAUAAUCAUUAUUGCCAUUUCUAUUUUGAUUUAUUGAUUGAUGACUUUUUCAAAAAGAAAGUCUCUAGUUUUAGGAUACCUGAAAUUUCAUUGUAGCCUUAGGAAGUUGAUGAAAUAAAUAGUUUUAAAUAGAUACCUACGAACACAAAAGAAGAUUUAUCUACUUAAUAAAUUUGCCUUCAUUAUUUGAUAGUUGAUGAUGAUUGUUUUAAUACUUUUGCAUUUAAAGGAAUAUUAUAGGAAUUGUAUAAAACUAAAAAGCACUUAUUUGCAAGUGAAUUUGAUGUUGAUUCAGCCUUGUCUGGGAGUGAAUCCAUUGCAAAAAUAAAGAAUAAAAAGUGUUGCAGCACUUGUCAAGGCUAUAAAAUUGUUUUUAUGGAUAUUGAAAUGCCUGGAAUGAAUGGUUAAUAAACUACCAAAAUUAUAUUAAAAAGCUUUCCAAAUUAGAUUAUAAUUGGUUGCAGUGGUUAUACAGAUUAAUAAGAAUAUGAAAAGUGUAUUAAUUCUGGAAUGGCAGACUUUUUAGUUAAACCAAUCAAAGAAUUAUUGUUAAUUUAAAUACUCAAAAAGUAUUAAUGAUAUCUAUUCAAUCUAUUUUUUUGCUUUUUAUAUUAAUCAUCAUUGCAAUUAUUCUUAAAAAUCAAUAUUAUGUUUUCAUUAAAUUUAAUAUAUUAGUUAACAGAAUAUUUGAAUUAAUUAAUAUGGACAAAUUGCCAAUAGGUUAUGUUAAAGGAAAAGGAAAUGUAAUUAUGAAUUUGAAUUCCCAAGCCCCUUGAUAAAAAAGUACCAAAAAACAAAUAAUAUGAUCAUGUCAAACAAACCUUAAAUACAGGCCCAACUGUGAGAGACAUUGAGGUAGUAAGCAAUGCCAAGAUAGCUAAAAAAAGAUCUGAAUUAUUUAAGCGUAUUAAGUGCUCGACUGUGUUUAACUUUAUCAGCGUACACUUUAUAUGUUAUCGAAGGAAAACACAGAACAAGAGACUAUUUAUAAGUUAGCAGAUUAACAACAAUAAGCUUAAGAGCAAUUACAAUAAUUCGAUACUUAGAGUCAACAUAGUUAAAUGACAAGAUUUACUGAAGUCUCACAAGUCUCUGCAAUUACUUAUGCCACAGAAUAAUUGGGGAUUACAGACCAAUCAGAAUUUCUUCUUUUGGACUUAAGGGAUGCUGAUGAAUUUGAACUUUAUCACAUUAAAGAAGCAGUUAAUUUUCCUGCUCCAAACCUAAGACAGGACAAAUUAACUUAAUAAAUUCAUAGAUUCGUAUGUUUAAUUAUUUAAUUAGAAAAACUAAAAAGACAAACAUAUCAUAAUAUACCAUUUUGAUGAAAAGAACGGAAUUCCUUCAGCUACUCUCUUUGCUGAAAAAGGAUUCGAGAAUGUUUAUCUCUUGAGUGGAGGCAUUGAAAAGUUCCUCCAAAAUUACCCUUAAGGAGUGAUUGGCAUCAAGGUACCAUCGAUUCCAAAACCAGAAGGUAAUAAUAUACAUGAAUAAUAACAGAGAAUCCGAAUAAAAUUAUCAAGAGAUCUAAUUACAAGGAAACAGAUUCCUAAAUAAAUAAGUCUGAAAAGAAUAUCAGUGAUACAAAAUCACAAAUUAGUUAGAAAACUAAAAUUACUAGAUAAUCUAGUUAAUAGAAGCAAUAGCAAUCAUAAUAUAUUGAUAAAUGA